AGCGGGCCAAGAUGGCGGCGGAGCCGGGCCCGGGCUCGGGGCCCGACCCGGAGCUGGAGGAGCUGCUGGAGAGUGCUCUGGACGACUUCGAGCGCAGCCGCCCCACGCCCCCUCCCCCUGCCAGCUCCUCCUCUCCCCCCUCCCCUCCCUCCGACUCCGCCGAGGGCUCGCUGUUCUCCUCGCAGGAGAGGUUCUUCCAGGAGCUCUUCGAGGGCGAGCUGGCGGCGCAGGCGGCGGCCGAGUUCCAGGAGGCCAUGCAGGAGCUGGCCCGGCAGGAGCCACAGCUCGUGGAGCAGUUCCAGAAGCUCUCGGAAGCUGCAGGAAAAGUCGGCAGCGACGCGGCCUCGCAGCAGGAAUUCACCUCCUGCCUCAAGGAGACCCUGAGCGGGCUGGCCAAGAACGCCAAUGACCUGCAGAAUUCCCCGGGCUCGGAGGAGGAGCUGGCGAAGGCCCUGGAGGGGCUGGGGCUGGAGGAGGGCGGCGGGGACGGCGUCCUGCCCGUCAUGCGCAGCAUCAUGGAGUCCCUGCUGUCCAAGGACGUGCUCUACCCCUCCCUCAAGGAGAUCACCGAGAAGUACCCGGAGUGGCUGCGGCAGCACGAGGCGUCGCUGUCCCCGGAGCAGCGGCAGCGCUUCGUGGCGCAGCAGGCGCUGAUGCUGCGGAUCUGCGCGGAGCUGGAGCGGGAGCGGCCGGGGGAGCCCGAGGGGCAGCGGCGGCAGCGCUUCGAGACUCUGCUGGAGCUGAUGCAGCAGGUACGG